AUGUGGACCUCUGGUAGAAUGAGCAAUGCAAAGAGCUGGCUUGGACUUGGCAUGUCCUUGUACUUCUGGGGACUGAUGGACCUUACAACCCCUGUUCUCUCGGGCACACCGACACCGCCAGGCAGACUAGAAGCAUUCCUGUCAGACAAGCCACAGCCACACCCGCGGACAAAGAGGAGCUGGGUUUGGAACCAGUUUUUUGUUCUGGAAGAAUACACUGGAACUGACCCUUUGUAUGUCGGCAAGCUUCAUUCAGACAUGGACCGGGGAGAUGGCUCCAUCAAAUACAUCCUCUCGGGAGAAGGCGCAGGCGUCGUGUUUACCAUCGACGACACCACUGGAGACAUCCACGCCAUUCAGAGGCUCGACCGAGAGGAGAGGGCCCAGUACACUCUCAGGGCUCAGGCCCUGGACAGGCGCACAGGCAGGCCGAUGGAGCCGGAGUCCGAGUUCAUCAUCAAAAUCCAAGACAUCAACGACAACGAGCCCAAGUUCCUGGACGGGCCUUACGUCGCCACUGUGCCGGAAAUGUCACCAGUGGGGACUUCUGUCAUCCAGGUGACAGCCACCGACGCAGACGACCCGACCUACGGCAACAGCGCCCGGGUGGUGUACAGCGUCCUGCAGGGCCAGCCGUAUUUCUCUGUGGACUCCAAAACAGGUGUGAUUAGGACCGCGCUCACGAACAUGGAUCGAGAGGCCAAGGAGUACUACGAGGUGAUCAUCCAAGCCAAGGACAUGGGAGGGCAGCUCGGAGGGCUGGCGGGGACCACGACCGUCAACAUCACCCUCUCAGAUGUCAACGAUAACCCGCCCCGCUUCCCCCAGAAACAUUACCAGAUGAGUGUGUUGGAAUCAGCUCCAGUUAGCUCGACUGUGGGGAGGGUGUUUGCCAAGGACCUGGAUGAAGGAAUCAACGCAGAGAUGAAGUACACGAUCGUGGAUGGGGACGGGGCGGACGCAUUCGACAUCAACACGGAUCCCAACUUCCAAGUGGGCAUCAUAACCGUCAAGAAGCCCCUGAGUUUUGAAAGAAAGAAAAGCUACACCUUAAAAGUGGAGGGAGCCAACCCUCACCUCGAGAUGCGGUUUCUGAACCUGGGCCCAUUUCAAGACACAACCACGGUGCACAUCAGUGUGGAAGACGUGGAUGAGCCCCCUGUGUUCGACCCUGGCUUUUAUUUUGUGGAGGUACCUGAAGAUGUGGCGAUUGGGACAACCAUACAGAUCAUUUCUGCCAAGGACCCGGAUGUGACCAACAACUCAAUCAGAUAUUCCAUUGACAGAAGCAGUGAUCCUGGAAGAUUCUUCUAUGUGGACAUUACGACAGGUGCCCUAAUGACUGCAAGACCUCUUGACCGGGAAGAGUUUUCUUGGCAUAAUAUCACUGUCCUUGCUAUGGAAAUGAACAAUCCAUCCCAGGUCGGAAGUGUUCCUGUCACAAUCAAAGUCUUAGAUGUCAACGACAAUGCUCCGGAGUUCCCCAGAUUCUAUGAAGCUUUCGUCUGUGAGAACGCCAAGGCAGGGCAGCUGAUCCAGACCGUGAGCGCCGUGGACCAAGACGACCCACGCAACGGCCAGCACUUCUACUACAGCCUGGCUCCUGAGGCUGCGAACAACCCCAAUUUCACCGUAAGGGACAACCAAGACAACACCGCCCGCAUUCUGACCAGGAGGUCCGGCUUCCGGCAGCAGGAACAGAGUGUCUUCUACCUGCCCAUCCUGAUCUCGGACGGCGGGCCGCCGGUGCUCAGCAGCACGGGCACGCUGACCAUCCAGGUGUGCGGCUGUGACGACGAGGGCCACGUGCUGUCCUGCAGCCCCGAGGCCUACAUGCUCCCGGUGAGCCUCAGCCGCGGCGCGCUCAUCGCCAUCCUGGCCUGCGUCUUCGUCCUGCUGGUGCUGGCGCUGCUCAUCCUGUCCCUGCGGAGGCACCGCAAGCAGCCCUACAUCCUCGACGACGAGGAGAACAUUCGCGAGAACAUCGUGCGCUACGACGACGAGGGCGGCGGCGAGGAGGACACCGAGGCCUUCGACAUCGCGGCCAUGUGGAACCCCCGCGAGGCGCAGGCGGCCGCCGCGCCCGAGACGCGGCCGGCCGUGCUGCCCGAGAUCGAGAGCCUCUCGCGCUACGUGCCCCAGGCGUGCGCCGCCAGCAGCGCGGUGCGCAGCGGCGUGCUGGCCAAGCUCUGCGAGGCCGACUCGGCCCCGUGGGCCCCGCCCUUCGACUCCCUGCAGACCUACAUGCUCGAGGGCGACGGCUCGCUCGCCGGCUCGCUCAGCUCCCUGCAGUCGGCCACGUCGGACUCGGAGCAGAGCUUCGGCUUCCUCGCGGACUGGGGGCCCCGCUUCCGGACGCUGGCGGAGCUCUACGGGGCGGCGGAGGGGCCCGCGCCCCUGCGGUGA